AUGUCUGAAGGACUUAGUACUAGUUCCAUACAGGAACUAUAUCAAUCGUUAAAGAAGAUCACUAACAAUGCAGAGGUAGAGCUUUUCGAAGAUCGUAUUACCAAACUAGAUUUUGGGAGCGCCGAUGAACCAGAAUAUGCCAAUGGUAUCAUAAAAGAUAGAUUUCUGAAACCUUCAAAUGUUCUUCCUUGGAGCCUGUUGGACAUGGUUCAAGAUGUUCCACAAAUGAAUUCUUUAGACAAUCGUUCUGAUAAACUAGAUUACAAGGAAUUGCUCCAAAUUCCUAGCCCAAUUAAUAGAACGUCAUACCAGUUUAAAAGAACUGGGCUGGAAGGUAAAAUCUCGGGCUAUAAAGAAGAGGUUGAUCUGAAGGAAGUUGCGAAUGCCAAUGCAUCAAAUUCCCUGUCAAUUACUAGAAGUAUUAACCAUAAUCAAAACUCAGUAAGAGGUUCCACAGCGCAAUUGCCCUUUACACCUGGCGGAAUUCCCAUGAAAUCUGUCAAGACAGGUUUGGAACAAAAUGGGUCAUCCGCAAUGGCCAACGCCACCAAAUUAUUACACAAGGAUGGCCAAGGUUUAUUCGAUAUUCCAGAGGGUAUGAAAAGAGGCAUCAAACCGAUGGACGCUCUAGCUGAAAAUGAGGAACAAAACGGACAAUUGAAAGAAUUGAAGCAGCUAAAUGAAAUAGAUAAUGAACUGGACAUAAGAAUGGAAACUAACGAGGCAAAAGUAAAAGCGGAGGAAAAUUCCGCUAAGUCUCUUUCUGAGGAAAUUAUAGAAGAAGCUACCGAAGAAACGACAGCCAGCAAUGCUGAUGAUGCCGAAAUCGAUGAACUAUUACCGAUUGGGAUAGAUUUUAGUAGAACUAAACCGGCUUCAAAAAAUGUUCCGGUAAAAAAGGAAUGGGCUCAUGUUGUUGAUUUGAACCAUAAGAUUGAAAACUUCGAUGAGUUAAUUCCCAAUCCUGCCAGAUCUUGGCCUUUUGAAUUGGAUACUUUCCAAAAGGAAGCCGUUUACCAUCUUGAACAAGGUGAUUCUGUAUUUGUGGCCGCCCACACAUCUGCUGGUAAAACCGUUGUUGCAGAAUACGCAAUUGCCAUGGCACACAGGAAUAUGACUAAAACUAUCUAUACAUCACCUAUUAAAGCCUUAUCUAAUCAGAAAUUCCGAGACUUUAAGGAAACUUUUGACGAUGUUGAUAUUGGAUUAAUUACCGGUGAUGUACAAAUUAAUCCGGAUGCUAAUUGUUUGAUUAUGACGACCGAAAUUUUAAGGUCGAUGCUUUAUAGAGGUGCCGAUUUAAUAAGAGAUGUAGAGUUCGUCAUUUUUGAUGAGGUUCAUUACGUUAAUGAUCAAGACCGUGGUGUUGUCUGGGAGGAGGUUAUUAUUAUGCUUCCUCAGCAUGUCAAGUUUAUUUUAUUAUCUGCCACUGUUCCCAACACCUAUGAGUUUGCUAAUUGGAUUGGAAGAACUAAGCAAAAAAAUAUUUAUGUUAUUUCCACUCCAAAAAGACCUGUUCCGUUAGAAAUAAAUAUAUGGGCUAAAAAGGAAUUGAUACCGGUGAUUAAUCAAAAUUCAGAAUUUUUAGAAGCCAAUUUCAGGAAACAUAAAGAGAUUUUAAACGGAGAGAGUGCAAAAGGAGUACCUUCAAAAACUGACAAUGGGAGAGGUGGGUCCACAGCAAGAGGGGGCCGUGGUGGAUCCAAUACUCGAGGCGGAAGAGGGGGACGUGGCAAUUCGACACGCGGAGGUGCUAACCGCGGAGGCUCAAGAGGUGCUGGCGCAAUUGGCUCCAAUAAGCGUAAGUUUUUCACUCAAGAUGGUCCUUCUAAAAAAACAUGGCCUGAGAUUGUCAAUUACUUAAGGAAAAGAGAACUGCUACCAAUGGUUGUGUUCGUGUUUAGUAAAAAGAGGUGCGAAGAGUAUGCCGACUGGCUAGAAGGAAUUAACUUCUGCAACAAUAAGGAAAAAUCACAGAUCCACAUGUUCAUUGAGAAGUCGAUUACUCGUUUGAAGAAAGAGGACAGAGAUUUACCCCAAAUUCUUAAAACCAGAUCAUUACUUGAACGUGGUAUAGCUGUUCAUCAUGGGGGGCUUUUGCCUAUUGUCAAGGAGUUGAUCGAAAUAUUAUUUUCUAAGGGUUUUAUCAAAGUUUUAUUUGCUACGGAAACCUUUGCCAUGGGUUUGAACCUUCCCACGAGAACAGUUAUCUUUAGUAGCAUCCGUAAACAUGAUGGUAACGGGUUGAGAGAAUUGACACCAGGCGAAUUUACCCAAAUGGCUGGUAGAGCCGGUAGAAGGGGUUUGGAUUCCACUGGUACGGUCAUCGUGAUGGCGUAUAAUAGUCCUUUGUCUAUUACUACGUUCAAAGAAGUAACGAUGGGUGUUCCGACAAGGUUACAGUCUCAGUUCAGGUUAACAUAUAAUAUGAUUUUAAAUCUUUUAAGAAUUGAGGCGUUAAGAGUUGAAGAAAUGAUCAAGUAUUCUUUUAGUGAGAAUGCCAAAGAAACUUUACAACCUGAACACGAAAAACAAAUCAAACUAUUACAAGAGGAAUUACAAACCAUAGAGUACAAAAGCUGUGAAAUUUGUGAUAAUGAUAUCGAAAGAUUCUUGGAAUUGAUGCUAGCAUAUAAGGAGGCAACAGUAAAUCUAAUGCAAGAAAUGGUUAAAUCGCCUUCAAUAUUACAUAUUCUGAAAGAGGGAAGACUUAUCGCCUUCAGGGACUCCAAUGAUUGUCUGAAAUUAGGAUUUAUAUUUAAAGUUUCUCUGAAGGAUGCCAUUUGUGUUAUUAUGACUUUCACAAAACCUUGUAGACUUCCAAAUGGUGAACCAAAUCAUUUAAUAUACUUCCCAAAAGCGGAUGGAUACAGAAAAAGGAACUUCCCUAAAUUCCAGAAGACUGAUUUUUAUAUGGAAGAAAUUCCCGUGACUGCUAUUGAAGUGAUCACCAAACGUAAGUUUGCUGCUCCAUUAGGUAAAGUAAUCAAAAAGGAUGUUGCCGCUUUAAACGAGUUUAACACUGAAACGAAUAACAUUUUGGAAGGCAAGACACUAAGAGAAGCAAUUAACAUUGAAAAACAAGGUUUAAAGAUCCAUCAAAUACUGUUGGACCGUACAAAUAUGAGAGAUGACAUAUUCGGACUAAAAAGCAUUAAAUGUCCCAAUUUAAGCGAACAUAUUGUUCCAAGAUACAAGGCGCAUGUAAUUGAAAAGAAAAUUGAAGAAUUGUAUCAUUUGAUGUCUGACCAAAACCUGAGCUUGCUGCCCGAUUAUGAAAAGAGGUUAGCCGUUCUGAAAGACACUGAAUUUAUCGACCAAAACCACAACGUGUUAUUAAAAGGUAGAGUGGCAUGUGAAAUCAAUUCCGGUUAUGAGUUAGUUUUAACUGAAUUAAUUUUAGACAACUUCUUGGGGAGCUUUGAACCUGAAGAAAUUGUGGCCUUAUUAUCAGUAUUUGUUUAUGAAGGAAAAACCAGGGAAGAAGAGUCCCCUAUUGUCACACCACGGCUAGCUAAGGGUAAACAAAGAAUUGAGGAAAUUUACAAAAAAAUGCUUGGUGUCUUUAAUACGCAUCAAAUUCCAUUAACUCAGGAUGAAGCAGAGUUUUUGGACAGAAAGAGGUUUGCAAUGAUGAAUGUUGUGUAUGAAUGGGCCCGUGGUUUGUCAUUCAAAGAGAUCAUGGAAAUGAGCCCCGAGGCUGAAGGAACUGUAGUCAGAGUUAUUACAUGGCUGGAUGAAAUCUGCCGUGAAGUUAAGACUGCUUCUAUUAUUAUUGGUAAUUCUACGUUGCAUAUGAAGAUGAGCAGGGCUCAAGAGCUGAUUAAGAGAGAUAUUGUUUUCGCCGCAAGUUUGUACCUAUAG